GCCUCCAACGGCAACCAGCUGAGAGAAAGGGUAGAGAAGACAAGAUGGCGGAGUGAGUGGGUUGUACUUUGUACAGACGGUUUCGACCCUUAAAGUUUGCUGAAAACGUCUUUAAAAGAUCGAAGAAGCAACGGCACCCGCGAGAGUAUAAAGAUUAACUUUCGCCCUUCGCCGCAGAGGAAACCUGGACAGUUUCUCCGUUGCGUUUGUUACGACGACGUUAGCUUGAUGCUAACGUUAGCUAACGUUAGAUUUGACGGACAUUAGUUGCUACUUCGAGGUAGCUGGUUGGGUGUUAAAGGCCUUAGGCUUGUUCUAAUUUAGUUCUGGAUGUUUGUACGUCGAUACUAACACGCCAUUGAGCGUUUACCUGACCAGUUUGUGUUUUAACUAAGAUUAUUGUAGCCAGACGUAAGCCAGAAAACUAUAUAUGAGAUCUAUCGAAGCCUGGUUCAUUGGUUGUCGAAAAUAUUUUGUAGUAACAGCUAGCCCACAUUGCCCCCUGUAACACCAAGUGGAUAUACGGGACGCCGUAUGUUCUGCUGACAAUCGGGCUAAAUUGCCACAGAAUUUCCUAAAGCAAAUCAGGUGGAAUUUGAUAUCUGGUGGAUAUGGCGAGCAGCAGUGGCUCUAAAGCAGAGUUCAUAGUCGGUGGAAAAUACAAACUCGUCAGAAAAAUCGGAUCAGGAUCUUUCGGCGACAUAUAUCUGGCCAUCAACAUCACAAAUGGAGAGGAAGUAGCUGUUAAAUUGGAAUCACAAAAGGCCAGACAUCCGCAGUUGUUAUACGAAAGCAAACUAUACAAAAUCCUACAAGGCGGUGUCGGGAUCCCACACAUCAGGUGGUAUGGCCAAGAGAAGGACUACAACGUCCUAGUUAUGGACCUGCUUGGACCCAGUCUGGAGGACCUGUUUAACUUCUGUUCUCGCCGCUUCACCAUGAAAACUGUCCUUAUGCUGGCAGACCAGAUGAUCAGCAGAAUCGAGUAUGUACACACAAAGAACUUCAUCCACAGAGACAUCAAACCAGAUAACUUUCUCAUGGGCAUCGGCCGUCACUGUAACAAGUGUUUAGACUCGUCAGUGGGGAAGAGGAAAAGAAGCUUGGCUGUUAGCUCUUCUCAGGAUCCAUCUUUCUCAGGAUUAAACCAGUUGUUCCUUAUUGACUUUGGUUUGGCAAAGAAGUACAGAGACAACCGAACACGACAACACAUCCCAUACAGAGAAGACAAGAACCUGACUGGCACGGCACGCUAUGCUUCCAUCAACGCGCACCUGGGCAUUGAGCAGAGUCGCCGUGAUGAUAUGGAGUCACUAGGCUACGUGCUGAUGUACUUCAACAGAACCAGUCUGCCAUGGCAGGGAUUAAAGGCUGCCACAAAGAAGCAGAAGUAUGAAAAGAUUUCAGAAAAGAAGAUGUCCACCCCAGUUGAGGUCCUCUGUAAGGGUUUCCCAGCAGAAUUUGCCAUGUAUCUAAACUACUGCCGUGGCUUGCGCUUUGAGGAGGCUCCAGACUACAUGUAUCUGCGCCAGCUGUUUCGCAUCCUCUUCAGGACUCUGAACCACCAGUAUGACUACACAUUUGACUGGACCAUGCUGAAACAGAAAGCCGCUCAGCAGGGGGCCUCCUCCGGGGGCCAGGGCCAGCAGGCACAAACCCCCACAGGCAAGCAAACUGACAAACCCAAGCCUAACAUGAAAGGUUUUUGAGGGGUCUGCUCUGAGCAGAGCUCCUGAAGUGUUGGUGACCAGGACUAAUAAGUCUCCCUUCCUGGAUAAGCGACAAACAAGAAAGUCUUUCCUUCCAUCAUAACUGUCUAUGUAAUGGAAAUAUAUAGAUUUACACACACCUUUGUCAGUUGUGUUAUCUAUAUAUUCAUAUAUGUGUAUAUAUAAUAAACCCUCCACUCUGGAAGAUUUUUUUUUUUUUUUUUUUUUUUUUUUUUUUUUAGGAUGUGGAGGCUGUAGCCCCCCCUCCCCCAACACACAUACCCUUCCCCAUCCAUCCUUCUGUCUCUGUUCUCUCAGUGUUGACUUUGUUUCUUUGGAAACUGAAGUUGAGAUCAACUGACCAUUUUUGUUUUUCCUCCCAGUAGAAACAUCUCAAAGCAUCUCUUCUCUUCCCAUUCAGUUACUUCACUCCCUCCUUUUACCAAAUGUUAAACAUGUAAACCUAAAACCUGUUCUCCCUUUUGUUUCUUAUAUAAUUGAAUGACACACCCCUGGAUGUUAUUUACUUAAAAAAAAAUCAAAUGUUGAUUUUUUUUUUCUUCUGGUUUUCUUUGUUUCCUAUGGUGAUUAGGAGUUUGCCUGUUAAUAAGCAGUGGAUGGCAGUCAAUGGUAGAAUGAUACUCUGGCUCUCUCCCUCUCUAGAGCUCUGAAUGAUAAAUCUGUUGUUAAAUCUUCUCCAUAAAUGCCAAUAAAAAUAUUACAUAACUCAGAGCAAGCACAAGUUCUUAUCAGCCACCUUCACAUGAAACUGUGUAGAAAGCACCAGCCAGGCAUGAUAUGUGAGCGUGCAUCUGUUGCUUGGUUUGUUUUCCCCAGCAGGCAGCACCAUAAAGAAAUCAUGUUCACCUGAAUAUUUGGGAUAUUCACGUGGUAUUUAAAUCCCUUCUGCUGUUCUUUAGUAUACAAACGAGAAUUUUUAAUUUCCUGUUUUGUUUUUUUCCUUUGUCCCUUUUUUCGGGCUUUAGGUUCAGUGUGCUGCAUCAUGAGACCAAACUGUUUAAAGCACUGUCUCAAGAUUGAGUCCAAGUUAUCACACGUAUACCAGUCGUUUGUUAGGUGUAUAAAGAACACUGGGAAACAGUUUUUCUUGCUCAGAGAUGUCCUUUAUUAUAAAGAUUCAGUGAUUAUAAAAUA